AUGCCACCCCAACCCCCUCCAAAAACCAAAACCACAACCCCACCCCCUGUCCCCCCAAAACCUUCUCCCACUCAAUCCAUCAACACCCUCAUCCCUCCCCAUAAUCCCUCAAAUCCACACCCGAAACCUCUCCCCCCAAUCCCCAUCCCCAUCUCCGCGCACAACCGCACCCACAACAACGAGCCCGGCGAUAGCUCCUCAAAGCCCCGAGAGAACCGCGACACUAACGCGGGAGACGCUGAAGACGCUGCUGUACUGGGUUCUUGGGUUUGCGGUGUGGUUUUUGCUUGCGGGGUUGGGGUUGCCGGUUGUGUUGGAGGGAGAUGCUAUGCCGGGGUUUAA